UUCAAUGAACGUGCGGUCACACUGCCCUGGGCAAAAAAAGACGCCGGCAAAAAGAAGCGAAAAUUGGUUAAACUGAAUUAAAGCCGCCGAAAACCAGUGAAAAUGUCGUUCAAAGGAAAUCCCAAGGUGCAGAAGGUGAUGGUGCAGCCCAUCAACCUGAUCUUCCGAUACCUGCAGAACCGAUCCCGCGUGCAAGUCUGGCUAUACGAAAACAUAUCGCUGCGCAUCGAGGGCCACAUCGUGGGAUUCGACGAGUACAUGAAUCUGGUGCUGGACGAUGCCGAGGAGGUCUAUGUGAAGACCCGUCAGCGCAGGAACCUCGGAAGGAUCAUGCUCAAGGGCGAUAACAUCACGCUCAUACAGAACGUCAGUCCGACGAAGGACUAGGGAUAGCGCUGCUAUCCUGCGAAUCCCGCGAACUCCACCUGCGACAGCAGCACGUCCUAAACAUAAGUUAAACAAAUGUGAAGCCGAAGCCCGAAGACGAAUGUUCAAAUAAAAGAUAACUUUCUAUAAA